AUGAACACCGACAGAGGGGAACAUGAUGUAGAAAAGUGCGUUGGCAGAGAUGAAAAUGUUGAACCAACUAAAAAUAUUGAAAAGAAAUUGAGCCUCAGAGACAUUUACGCACCCGCUCACAGGAAUCCCACUGAAUUUACUACCAAGGAGACCCUGCUGUUGGCUUACCAAUCUCUUGGAGUGGUUUAUGGAGACAUUGGCACCUCCCCUCUUUACGUUUUUUCAUCUGUUUCACUAUCUGAACCUGGUGAGAAAGACAUAUUAGGGGUCUUGAGCCUCAUCUUCUGGACCUUAACUUUGGUAGCACUGAUCAAGUACGUUAUGAUUGUCUUGCGUGCGGAUGAUUACGGUGAAGGUGGCACGUUUGCCUUGUAUUCCCUUCUCAAUCGGCAUAUAAAUUUUCGAAACAAGAUCGGUAUACAGAACACUAGACUCCAUUCAGAUAAGAGUUUGAAAUAUUACGCCGAUAAGAGUGAUUUGCAAUCAAAGACGAAGAAGUUCUUGGAAAACAGUUCAAGGGCUCAGUCCAUUCUUACCUUUGUUGUGUUGAUUGGGACUUGCAUGGUCAUUGGUGAUGGAGCUCUUACUCCAGCCACGUCUGUUAUGUCAGCCCUUAUUGGGAUUCAAUCAAGAUCCUCAAAGAUCACUCAAAGCCAUGUUGUUAUUUUUGGGGUUGUGAUUCUGCUUGCCCUUUUCCUGGUCCAACGAUUUGGCACUAGUAAAGUUAGUUUCACCUUCUCCCCAAUCAUGCUGCUGUGGUUCAUUUCAACUGCUGCAAUUGGUAUCUACAACAUCAUUUUACACUACCCAUCGGUCUUCAAGGCCAUAUCCCCUCAUUAUGCAUUUUCGUUCUUCAAACGAAAUGGCAUGACAUCAUGGGAGCUCCUCGGCGCAAUUUUCUUGUGUGUAACAGGGGCUGAAGCUAUGUUUGCUGAUUUAGCUCACUUCAGCAAGAGUUCAAUUCAGCUGGCUUUUUCUUCCUUUGUCUAUCCAGCAUUACUCAUUACUUAUGCUGGAGAAGCAGCUUAUUUGAUUAAGAACCCACACAACAUUAGCACUACCUUCUACAGUUGCAUCCCCACUCCUAUAUUUUGGCCAAUGUUUGUUAUAGCCACACUGGCUGCCAUCGUAGCGAGUCAGGCAUUGAUAUCUGCUAGUUUUUCCAUUAUAAGACAAUCCUUGGCUCUCGGUUGCUUCCCUCGAGUUAACAUCAUCCAUACCUCCGAUGAGCACGAGGGACAGGUUUACUCUCCCGAAGUGAAUUAUACACUCAUGAUUCUGUGUAUUGCAAUCGUGGUUGGCUUCAGAGAUGGUGUGCAGAUUGGGAAUGCGUAUGGUGUAGCUGUGGUCUGGGUCAUGCUGAUAACUACCAACUUGAUUCUGGUGGUAAUGCUUGUGAUUUGGAACACCAAUCCUAUACUCGUAGCUUGCUUCUAUGUUCCUUUUAUCUGCAUUGAAGCUAUCUACAUGACAUCUUUGGUUAACAAGGUCCCACAAGGGGGUUGGGUUCCAUUUGCUAUUGCGGCUUUCUUCUUGAUAAUUAUGACAUCUUGGACAUAUGGAAGGAGCAAGAAGAGCAUUUAUGAAGCUGAGAAGAAGAUGAGUCAGUGGGAGCUACGUCAAAUGAUAUCAAGCGUAGAGGUUUCUCGAACGCCUGGGAUCUGCAUUUUCUUCACAGACCUUGUGAAUGGUAUCCCACCCAUCAUAAGGCAUUAUGUGCAGAACACAGGUUCACUCCAUGAGAUCAUGAUAGUUAUCACUGUUAGAACCCUUCCAGUUCGAACUGUCCUGCCGGAAGAACGAUUUGUUGUAGGGAAGCUGGGGGAUAUGGAUGAUGUGUAUAGGUGUUUGGUGCAGUAUGGAUAUAAAGAUACGCCCAACAUUGAAGGAGAUGAAUAUGUUGCUUCAGUGGUAGAGAUACUGAAGGAGCAAGCUGUGUCAAGGGAGGAAAUUGAAAGGUUGGAGUUAGCAAUGGGGAAAGGAUUUGUGUUUGUUACAGGGAGGACCAUUCUUCUGUCCAGAGAGACUAAUAGUUGGUUUUCUCGCAUCACAAUUAAUUAUUUGUACCGAUUUCUGCAGAAGAAUUUCAGGUCAGCCGUUUCAACACUAAAAGUGCCUACCAGCAAAACUUUGCAAGUCGGAAUGCUUUAUGAGAUUUGA